AUGGGUUGGUGUUGCUGCUACAAACCUACAUUACUCGUCAUUGUUUUCACAUUCUUCAUUUCUCAGUCAUUCGCAGCCAGAUUCUCACAAUCACACCAUUCACUUCCAUUUAUUUGGCCUCUCCCUGCUAAAUUUACAUUCGGUAAUGAAACUCUUUCCGUUGGUCCAACACUUUCCCUCAUCGGAAACGGUGCUAACUCGCCAAUUCUCAAAGCCGGUUUUUAUAGAUUCAAAGGGAUAGUGUUCAGUCACAACGGCUUUGUGAGAACAGUCAACACUGUUUACGAUGUUAACAAGUUGAAUGUCAUUGUUCAUAACAAAAGUGAAGAGCUUCAACUUGGAGUUGACGAAAGCUAUAAUUUGUUAGUUAUAAAAGCAACUGGUUCUGGCAAAGUGACCAUUGAGGCAAAUACUGUUUUUGGUGCAUUGCGUGGAUUAGAGACGUUCAGUCAAUUGUGUUCUUUUGAUUAUUCAACGAAAAGAGUACAAAUACACAAGGCACCUUGGUCCAUCCGGGACAAACCAAGAUUUCCUUUUCGCGGCCUCAUUAGAUACAUCAAGACACUAUUUACCAAUUAA